GCAGUGAUUUCGCCGGUGUCUUUUUUUACCGCGCGCGCGAGGAGGUUCCGCUCCGGAACUGGGGGUGGGGGUUGUGAUCCUCGCGCGCGUCCGGUGAAGAAUCGGAACUGGCCUGUCGCUUCCUUCUCCAUGGCACUGUAGAUUUGGGCCGGCCAAUGUCAGGGCUUCCUUUUCACACCAUACCCGAUCUAACUCUUGACACUUGUACGCGUUCCACAAUUGCUGCAGAAAGUGCGUCGAAUCUUGUCUGAAGAUAGGUUGACUUGCUAAAACUAAAAAUAGUACUUAUUGCUCUGAAAACCCUGUCUCCGGGGUCAAACUGGGGCGCGGUCAGCUUACUGAAAAUUUCCCCUUCAGUACACCUUCCUUUACUUACUCUGUAAUUUGGUAAAUUGUUAAUUUCCUGUUUAACUGCGUUUAGGGGAGGGCCUUACUGUACCCAUUCAUCUAGUGUAAGUAGAAACACUGAUGCAUGAGGGGUGUGUUUGAUUUGAUCCCUACCAAAGUGGACAAUGGAAACAAGUGUUUCCCCUCUGGUUGUAUAAGUCAGAAAAUUCAGCCCACUCAAAGGAAAUGCACCACCCAGUUGGCAGCAAGUUAGGGGAAUCAUUGAAGAUUCCAAGAUCUUACAUGCUGAUUUUCUUUUUCUUCUAAAAUACAGAUGUGCACAUGCUAGUUUGCACACACAGUAUUAAACGCAUUGUUUAUACGAAACAAGCACCUCAACUUUGCGCUGCGUCAUAUGUCUCUCAUGCCGCGUUUUGUCGAGUGGUGCGUUCAUGUGACAGGCGCCAUCUUUCCAUGGAAAAACCAGGUCUUCUGAUACUGGCAGAAUAAUCUUGUAUUCUGAUAGUACUAGUUUGCUUUCAAGUAAGUGGUCGAAUAUCCAGUUCUUGAUUCCUAUGAGUUGGACUUCUUUGUCUAUUAAUCGGUGUGCAUGCGUGAGAGCUUCUCUGGAAUCGGGAGCAUGUCUGUAUGGCCAUGUGGGCUGUGAUCCUCAUGUAGUCAUGUCUGGUGAAGAAUUGUACGAGGGAGGAGGAAUGGGCCUGUCGCUUCGUUCUUCAUGUAGAUUUGAGCUUGCGCCAUUUUCCGGGCUUCUUUUUCUGCCCAUACCUGGUCUAACUUUUGGAGCUGCUAUUCUUUUUGGACGGGAAAAGGCAGGAGCUCUGCCAUUGCAUUAUAGGGGAAAAGAAUAGGUACAGACAAGUUUUGUGAACCGAAGUUCUUAUGAGGGAAGGAAAGAGGAGAAAAAAAGAUCAAUCAGACAUGGGCUGAUUACCCCACUUCCUGACGAGACCACUCGCGGAAGGCCUCCUUCAGGAGGGAAACAUCAUCCAUCACCAGCUGCAACAGAGCAGGAGCCUGGGCGGUUGUCGCCUGGAAGACCCGUCGGUUCCUUUCCUUCCAUAUGAUCCAGGCAACGUGUAUGGCAAAUGUUACUUGCUCUUGCCUUGCCUCUCUUGCAGUUCCUGUAUUGAUCUUACGCCACCAGGAUCGAAUAGAUGUUGCUCCCAGAGCAAUGUUAGCGACGCGCUGCUGUGUGCUCCUGGCGGCCACCCAGAGCUCCUUGGCAAACGGGCAAUGGAGGAGCAGAUGCACAGCCGCCUCCAGAGCCUGAUUGCAUAGAGGGCACACUGGCAAGUCUGUCGGCCGUCCAAUUUCUGUCCUGCAGUAGCAGCCAGGUGUAGAAAUUGACUUUCUGCUUAGCUUUACUCCUCCAAACCAUGCCAAGGUGGGGCUGCUCUAUCCGGCCGAUGAACUGUCCUCCAAACCAUGCCAGGGUGGGGCGGCUUUAUCCGGCUGAUGAACUGGUCAUCAUAAGCUGACUUGGCCAAGUAACAACCAUUGCUGGACAGCUUCCAUGAGAUUUUAUCCCUCUCAGUAGUUGAAUGGAUCGCUUGCACCUUCUCCCACAACCUGGUGAAUUGGUGAAUUUGGUUCUCAGUAGACAUCCGUUGAAUUCCAUGCAUCCACCUUUCCUCAGUCAGAGCUUCCCUAACAUUCAGGUUUUUCCUCCAAGCUAAAGGGAAACACGUCCGGUGCAAUUCCUUUGGGCAACUCCCCAUCAAGAUCGAGCCAUCUAUUGUGCCAGAAGCCAGUGAUCUGCCCAUUGCCAACAGAGAUGGAGGUAGAAGCACCGAAGAGUUUUUUGUCCGUUCAAUCACACGGUACCGGCGUUCCUUUCCAAGGCCUUUCCAUAUCAUCCCACUCAUACCAAAGCCACCUCAGUCUUAGCGAUCUUCCGAAUGCCUCAAUGCUCUUGAUUUCCAGCCCGCCAAACUUUUUUGGCAUGCAACAUUGCUUCCAGUUCACCAUGCAUUUCCCUCCAUUGGCCUCUUCCUCUCCAGCCCAAAGGAAACUCGGCCUUAACUUGUCCAGCAUUUUGGAGGCCCAUUCAUCCGCAGCAAAGCACGUCAGAUAAUAAGUUGCAAUAGCAGUUAGGACCGAGUUAACCAAAGCAAGCUUGCCUGGCCUGUUAAGCAUCUUCCCCUUCCAUGGCUUAAUCCUUGAUCUUGCCUUGUCAAGGAUGGGCUGCAUCUCGACUCUCCUAGGCUUCCUCGUGCUUAGAGGCAGACCUAGGUACCGGCAUGGCAAAACACCUUCAGCGCCCCCAAAAUCCAUCAAAGGUUUGUGAAUGUGCAGCAUCAUUACAACUAAUUUUGUAUGCCAUUCUUAAAACGAAAGCUGUUGUAAAACCCUCAUAGUCUGAUUAGUUCUUUUCUUGUCACUUGUACGCAUGAUUGGUGUGUAUAUUACUUUCCACAUUUGAUACAUAAAGUGCAUCGAAUUUAAUCCGAAGAUAGCUUGAAUGCUAAAAACAGUAUUGUCUGAAAGCCCUGUCGUCCAGGUCAAAUUGGGGCAGUCAGCUUAAUUAGUCAAAUUCCCCCCUUCUGUACAUUUGUUCUUACUCUGUAUCUGUAGUUAGUUUUUAUUGACAUUCGUUUACUAACCUGCUCGCCGCUCUGUAAUUUGGUAAAUUUGUUGAUUUUCUACUAACUGCAUUUUGGGGAGAAUCAUAUACGUUCAUGUAAUGUAUUUAGAGACACAAGGAUUUUGGGUGUGUGUGGUUUGACCCCAAGCUUGCCCUACAAGUUUUUCCUCCUCUUGUUGCUUAUGUCAGAAUAUUCAGUUCACUCAAACGAAAAACAUCAUCGAGUUGGCAGCAAGUUAGGAAAAUCAUUUAAGAUUCGAAAAAUCUUAUCUUGAUUUUUUUAAUCCAAUUAUGCACAUGUUAGUUGGCACACACAAUACAAAGCACAUUAUUUAUACAGUUUUGCUAAAGCACAUCUAGAUGUGCCACAAGUAUUGCACAUCUAAUUCCUAUGUCAUUGAUCUUACAUGGCGAUUCAUGUGGGUAUUUUCUUUUUCCUUUUUUCUUUUCUUUUUUAUGCUUGAUUGUGUCACUUAGAUGUGCAAUAACUAGGACACAUUAACCCUUAUUUAUAUGAAACAAGUGCAUCAACUUUACCCUGUGUCCUAUGCCUAUAUGCAUGGUUCUCGUGGCUCAUUUUGUCGAGAGUGAUACAUUCAUGUGUCAGGGCAUCUUUCCAUGGAUAAACCUCUGUAGGAGGCAUCUUUUCCAAGAGAUGGUACUGCCAGGUUUUUUGUAUACUCACAAAAUAAUGUGUCUUUUGAUUGAACUAAUUAGAUUGUUUAAAAAAAUAAAAUUUACUUGACAAAAUCGCAAUUAUUUAUAACUACCUCAGAAAUGCACUGAUUGUUAGCCCAUCAAUUAUGAUAUGAGAUUGUGGCAAGAAAGAGGAAAAUGAGAUAGUGUAUAGUGUACUGGUUGGGCCAAUUGUGUUCUAGUUUACUUAUACCUGGUCCACUACUUCAAAUCUGAAGCUAAUAGUCGAAUACAACAAAACGUAUUGUUGAUUGCCUUCUUUAUCAUGGAGAAAUGUGAAUACGCGAGUCUCUUGCAGGCCACCAAUUGGCGUAAUUAAUCGAAAUAAAUAAGUUUGUGCUCACCACAUGAUUAUUUUCUAUCGUGAAAUAAUGGCAAAUCCAUGCUUGGUGAAUGUAUCAAAACUAUGCUUUCCGGAAACCUCUAGAAGGUGUCAAAAGGAUUAUGACAGCCUACAUCUUUAAUUGCUUUCCAUAUUAGUAUGUACCAAUCAUGCUUGUCCUGCAGUUGUGCCGUCUUGUCGUCUUUUGCUAUCAAGGUAUAUAUAUACUGUUUUCUUUGCCAAGGUUUGUGCGAAUCAACAAGAGAAUUUCUUAGCUUCUUAAGAAAUCUAUAUUGCACUGGUAUUGACAGGUUUGUUUGAUUAUUUUUCUCACUUACAUGUCAGUCUAGCUAUGCAGUAAAUCUGUGUUUGCAUAAGUCUAGUCUAAUCAUUCAAUGGAGGCUACUUUCUUUAUGUCAGCACUUUACUUUUUCUUCCACCCACUUUUCAACACAUGCAAACGGUGGUACUGAACCGAGCGGAGCUACGAAACUCACAUUGCGUCGCCCGAGCGGCUGCCUCAGCGCUUUUGUCAGGGAGGAGGAGGCUAGCUUUUCUGCAGGAUCCCAUCUCUCUCUACAAGCAGCAGGUUCAGCCGAGCUGGCAUUUGGCAGGCCGAUGUGGCGCAUGGGGCACUCGUCCAGCCUGGCCCGUUGGCCAUGCCCUUAUCCCAGUGCAAGAAAGACCAUAGGUUCUUGGACACAAGCAAGAUCAAGCAGCCGACAUGGAACCGUCUUCACAAUCUCAACCUGCAACGGGUGAUGUCGUUGCUGGUGGAUCACAAGUGUAUCCUGCCUCAUCCUAUCCGCCUGCAGCAACAAUAGCCAUAGCUCCUGGUAUCAUUCCUGCCGGUUCACAGCCAGCACCACCAUUCCCUGCCAAUUCAGCCCAGCUCAAUGCUCAAAACCAGCUUAUCUACGAGCAAGCGCAGCAAUUUCACCAGCAGCUCCAGCAGCAGCAGCAGAGGCAGCUGCAGCAGUUCUGGGCCGAACGACUGUCGGAGGUUGAUCAGGCCACCGACUUCAAGAACCACACCUUGCCGCUCGCCAGGAUAAAGAAGAUCAUGAAGGCCGACGAGGACGUCCGCAUGAUCUCAGCCGAGGCCCCAGUGGUCUUUGCAAAAGCAUGCGAGAUAUUCAUACUGGAGUUGACACUGAGGUCGUGGAUGCACACUGAGGAGAACAAGCGCCGGACCUUGCAGAAGAAUGACAUUGCCGCCGCCAUCACCAGGACCGACGUCUACGACUUCCUGGUGGACAUAAUCCCCAGGGAUGAGAUGAGGGAGGAGGGAGUUGGGCUUCCUAGGGCCGGGCAGCUGCCGCUCUUGGGGGCUCCAGCUGACGCGUCGUACCCCUACUACUAUCCGCAGCAGGUGCCAGGUGCGGUGAUGGGGUACGGUGGCCACCAGGGCCAUCUGCCGUAUGUGUGGCAAGAUCCUCAGGAGCAGCAACAGCAGCAGGGGCAUCCUGGGGAGCAGCAGCAAUCUGAAAGCGGCUGACAGCAUUGUGGGCAACCACCAGAUUCAGUAUUCAGCUUAGCCAGGACAUCCAAAGUUCCAAACUAAUUUUCAGGUUUCGCAAUAGAUUAUAUGAUGGUUUCUUUUGUCUGUCGAUACGGGAGAGAUUUACUAGUUACUUCAUGGAAUUUUUGUUUGUCGUGGUGGUGUCGUUACAAAAAGGUUAUAUGAUUAGAGACUGAUUUGUUGAAAUUUUA